AUGGGUUCUGACAAGGACACUUCUGUCGAAAUCGUUGUUUCCAAUUUGAAAUCAGAGGAACAGAAAAGUAAACUACACGAUGAUGACCUGAUUCGUUCUGAUAAAUUUGAAAAUGGAAUUCAGAAGGACAAUAUUGAAGUAUAUAUUAAAAAAGAUGAUGAGGGUUUCACUGAGGAUGAAUCCCUAAAAGUUGCGAGGAAGAUAGAUUGGCACAUACUUUGGAUUUUGUGCAUAUUGUACGGUAUUAAUUACGUAGACAAAGCAGCACUAGGUUGGGCGGUGUUAUUUACAUUUGAAGAAGAUUUGAAGCUUGAAGGUGAUGACUACUCAUGGGUCUCUGCCAUCUUUUAUUUCGGUUAUUUAGGUGCACAAUAUCCUUCUUCUUAUGUUUUACAAAGGUUUCCUGUUGGAAAAGUUAUCUGUGUGUCUACUUUUUUCUGGGGAGCAAUAAUGUUGGCUCAUAUUGGAAGUCAUAAUUAUGCGGGUAUUCUUGUAUGUCGUUUCUUACUUGGUGUAUUCGAGGCACCUGUGACGAGUGGUUUUGUUCUUUUCACCUCUACUUUUUAUACAAGAAAAGAGCAAGUAAGUCGUACAAUGUAUUGGGGGUCAAUGCAAGGAAUAUUUUAUAUCAUAUUCAGUUUUAUUUCUUAUGGCUUAGGGCAUGUUACGAAGUCCGUGCUCAAUGAAUGGAGGUUGAUAUACUUGGUAUUGGGGCUCUGCUCUGUCGUUGCUUCAGUUAUAUGGUUUUUCUUUGUUCCUGAUUCACCUGAGAAGGCCAAAUUUUUAAGCGUUAGAGAAAGGGAGGUUGCCCUUCUUCGAGUCGCCAAAAAUAUGACAAGUAUAAAGGAACAAAAAUGGAACUUUUCACAAGUUUGGGAAUGUGCUUUUGAUCCUAAAGUAUACUUUAUAAUGACAUAUAUAAUAUUUUGUAUGAUUCCGAAUGGAGGGUUGACCAAUUUUGGUACUAUGGUUUUGAGUUCAAUUGUUAAAAAUAGGGUACAAUCUAUUGCUAUAUCAGUUGGUAGCUCCUUUUUCUCAUCAGGUCAAAUGCUAAUCUAUUCGCUUCUUUCCCAGAAGUAUAAAAACUUGAGAACAAUUGGUAUGACUGCACCAUUGAUAGUAGCAAUUGCAGGAGUUUCUUCGGUUUAUGGCACGGAAUCACACGGAAACAAAUGGGGAAGAAUGGUUGCAUAUUGGAUGAUAAACUCGUAUGCUGCGACAUGGCCCUUUGCUCUCAAUGUAGUCGGUGUGAAUUUUGCUGGACAAACAAAAAGGGCAGCAGUCUCUCUGAUAUUGUUGAUUUUCUUUUCAGUAGGAAACAUUAUUGGACCCUUCUGUUUCAAAAGUUCUGAUGCACCCAAAUAUUCAAAGGCACUAGCAACUAUUAUUGGAUGCUUCUGUGCAGCUUUUUUUAUUGGAGUGACUCUAAGAUUAUACUUGAUUUGGGAAAAUAGAAGACGGGAUAAGCUAUAUGGUGAUGCUGAAAAAAUCCUGGAAGAUGAGAGGGUUGAAGGAAUUAUAAAUGGUUUGAAAGAUCAGACUGACUUAGAAAAUGUCGAUUUUCGUUAUGUGCUUUGA